AUGCAAGUCAUACGAAGCUUUAACCUCGCAUGGAUUCUCAUCCUAUGCCUGGUCUUAAGCCACCCCUGCUACAAAGCCACAGCGAUCGACCUCAACAUCCACGAUCCAGUGAGUAUCAAAAACGUCGCGCGCCAGCUAGCCUGGGACCUUGUAAGCUUUUACCAUGGAAACAACACCGGCGAUGUGCCUGGCAACCUCCCCGAUCCUUACUACUGGUGGGAAACCGGCGCGUUCUUCGGCACACUGAUUAACUACUGGACCUACACCGGCGACACUACCUACAAUGAGAUCACCACACAAGCGAUCCUGCACCAGGUGGGAGAGAAUCGAGACUUCAUGCCGCCUAAUCAGACGCGCACGGAGGGCAACGAUGACCAGGCGUUCUGGGCCUUCACGGCGCUGCAGGCUGCAGAGAACAACUACACGAACCCUCCCGACAAUGAAACUUCGUGGUUAGCCCUGGCGCAGGCAGUCUUCAAUCAACAAGCCAAUCGCUGGGACUCGACCAAAUGCGGCGGCGGGUUGAGGUGGCAGAUCCACACGUUCAACAGUGGAUACACGUAUCGCAACGCGAUCUCCAACGGAUGUUUCUUCAACAUAGCCGCCCGGUUGGCGCGAUACACGGGGAACUCGACCUAUGCGUACUGGGCCGACAAGGCAUGGGAUUGGUCCUCGGCGAUCGGUCUGAUCGGGCCCCAGUUCCAGGUUUACGAUGGCACCAGCGAGGCGAACAAUUGCUCGGAUCUCAACCAUGUCGAAUGGACGUACAAUAACGGGGUCUUCCUGCUUGGCGCGGCACAUAUGUGGAAUCGUACUGACGACGAGGUCUGGCGGCAGCGGAUUUACGGGUUGUUGGAGGCACAAAGCAUAUUUCUCUCCUUCAACGAGUCUUCCAAAAACGUGUUUUACGAGUCGGCGUGCGAGCUGUGGAACACCUGUCAAGUGGAUCAGUUUUCCUUCAAGGCUUAUCUCUUCCGAUGGAUGGCCGACACGAUCAAACUGGCGCCCUUCACCCACGAUAUCAUCAUGGCUCGUCUCCGACCAACGGCGCAAGCAGCUGCGGCUCAAUGUGUGGGAGGGCACACGGGAACGUUCUGUGGAAUGCAAUGGACAACAGGGACUUAUGAUGGGAGUCUUGGCGUGGGACAGCAGAUGUCGGCCCUGGAAGCGAUCCAGACUCUGCUCGUCCAGUCGGUGGCGGGUCCCCUCACUCACCAGACUGGGGCGUCCAGCAAGGGCGAUGGGUCUGCAGGCACAGGGACUUCGGAUUCGUCCAGAGAUCCCAGUGCGCUCAGACCGAUCACUGCCGGCGACCGAGUGGGUGCGGCCAUUUUGGCGGUGGGUGCGAUCGCUUUGAUGCUGGGCUCCACUUUGUUCUUGUUGUCGUAG